AUGGCAUCUAAAGGUUCUUAUCAUCCAAAAUGUGGAAGCGGGCGUUACUGUUGUGGACUGCUGUGGCAAGUUAUUAUAAUUAUCUUGUAUUUCGGUCACAUUGCUGAGGGGCAAAUACGGUAUUCAAUUCCAGAGGAGAUGAAGAAAGGCUCGCUAAUCGGUAACGUAGCUCAAGAUCUAGGAAUAGAUUUGAAAAGGCUUCGUGCUGGACGGGCCCGUAUCGUUACCGGAGAGAACAUUCAGUACACUGAAUUGAAGACAGACAAAGGGAUUCUAGUGGUGAGUGAGAGAAUAGACCGAGAGCAGCUUUGCGGCUCCGUUACACCAUGCAGCUUCAGCUUCGAAAUUAUAUUAGAAACUCCCAUGGAGUUACAUCAUAUUACAAUAGAAAUUAUUGACGUAAACGAUAAUUUACCCACGUUUCAAAACCGUCAUUUGCAGUUUGAAAUCAGCGAGUCAGCAACGCUUGGUGCUCGUUUUGUUUUAGAGAGUGCGGAGGACUCUGACGUGGGAGUUAAUAGUCUACAAAAUUACAUUUUGACUCCAAAUGACAAUUUUAUUCUCAAACAACAUGCUAAUCCUGACGGUAGUAAAUUUGCUGAAAUGGUGCUACAGAAACCUUUAGACAGAGAGGAGCAUCCUCGUCUGUCUUUAAAGCUCAUCGCUGUAGAUGGUGGAGAUCCGCAGAGGUCUGGCACAGUAAAUAUAGAUAUCACUGUCCUAGAUGCUAAUGAUAAUGCUCCCGUGUUUAACCAGACUAUGUAUAGGGGCAACGUGAUGGAAAACGCACCCAAGGGCACCUUUAUUACCACCGUUAAUGCGAGUGAUGCAGACAGUGGUUCUAAUGGGGAGAUAACUUACUAUUUCUCUAAGGCCAAGGCCAACGCUGCAGACUUGUUCAAUAUCGAUGCGAUUACUGGAAUUAUGACUGUGUCAGGUCAAAUCGAUUUUGAAAAAGAUAAGAGAUUUGAAAUUAGAAUUGAGGCUAAAGAUCAAGGUGGUUUGACAGACUCCAGCAAAGUUGUAGUCGAAGUAAUCGACGUAAACGACAAUGCUCCUGUUAUAAGUGUCAUGUCAUUCACUAGCCCAAUAUCUGAAGAUUCUCCACCAGGUACAACUAUUGGCAUAAUUAACGUUAAAGACCUGGAUUCAGGUGACAACGGACAGGUGAGUUGUGGCAUAGACCAAACCCUUCCUUUUAAGAUCAAUUCGAAUCUGAGAAAUUACUAUACGCUAGUGACUGACGCCAAACUAAAUCGUGAGACCGUGUCAGAAUAUAACAUUACCGUAGUGGCCACAGAUGCAGGCUCACCACCACUCUUCAGUGAGAGAACAUUUCACAUGAAAGUCUCUGAUGUCAACGACAAUGCCCCGGUGUUUUCACGGGGCAUUUACAACUCUUAUAUAGUCGAGAAUAACUCUCCUGGCGUGUCUAUCCUCACUGUUAGCGCUAAAGACCCUGACGCGAAUCAAAAUGCCCGUAUAUCUUAUAUUCUAGAAGAUUCGGACGUAAGUGGGUCUCCAGUCUCUGGCUAUGUUUCCGUUAACGCAGAGAGUGGGGUAGUUCACGCGGUGCGCUCUUUUGACUAUGAACAAAUUAAACAACUGGAAGUGGUUAUAAAGGCGCAAGAUGGAGGCUCUCCUCCGCUUAGUAGCAACGUCACUGUUAAUAUCUUCAUCCAAGACCAGAACGACAACGCACCUCAGGUUCUGUACCCAGUCCAGACUGGCGGCUCUCUGGUGGCUGAAAUGGUGCCUCGUUCAGCAGAUGUGGGCUAUCUGGUCACUAAAGUGGUGGCUGUUGAUGUGGACUCUGGACAGAAUGCCUGGCUCUCCUAUAAACUGCAGAAAGCCACAGACAGGGCGCUGUUUGAAGUGGGCUUACAGAAUGGGGAAAUAAGAACUGUUCGCCAAGUGACUGAUAAAGAUGCAGUGAAACAAAGGCUCACUGUUGUAGUGGAGGACAACGGGCAGCCCUCUCGUUCAGCUACAGUCAAUGUUAACGUGGCGGUGGCGGACAGCUUCCCUGAAGUGCUCUCGGAGUUCACUGACUUUACGCACGACAAGGAUUACAAUGACAACCUGACAUUUUACUUAGUCUUGGCUUUGGCUGUAGUUUCAUUUCUGUUCAUCACGUGUUUAGUGGUUAUUAUAUCAGUGAAAAUAUACAGAUGGAGACAGUCUCGCAUCCUCUAUCAUUCCAAUCUCCCGGUGAUUCCUUAUUAUCCACCACGUUACGCAGACACUUUGGGGACGGGAACUCUACAGCACGUGUACAAUUACGAGGUGUGCAGGACGACUGACUCCAGAAAGAGUGACUGUAAGUUCGCCAGACCCGGUAGUCAGAACGUCCUGAUAAUGGACCCCAGCUUGACAGGAACCAUGCAGCGGAUACAGAGUGAAAAGAGCAUCUUAGACGAACCAGAUUCGCCACUUGAGGUGAGUUUUGAACAAAUUGUACUUGAAUACUUUACCAAAAGAGAAACGUCUUGUUACACUACUGCUCCAUUUCAGUACCACAAACGUAUGGACAGCGCUUAUUUAGCAUCUGAUUAG